GCUUUAUUUGGCAGGAGUUUGGCACGCGCCUCUCCCAGUGUGCACGUCUGUCUCCACAUUGGGAGCCUCGCGCCUGUGCGUAUGCUCAGGUGAACAGAUGGAGGGGGGUGGGGAUGUUGCUAUAUGACGUCAACGGAGACCCAACGCAAGGUGCAACCACGGCAAAACAAAAGUUGACGGAUGACUGUACAUCCUCUGUCAUUUUUUUAUUUUAUUUAUUUUCAUUUUCGACGCGUCGUGUUCAUCUUCCCAACGCGCGCUGUCCUCACGAGCGUCUUCCGUUUAUUUGUGCAUCCUCGUGAGAUCCUUGGCUCCGGUUGGCUCUCCUGCGCUGUUGGUCACGCGCGCACACGUGCGCAUACGCACGCUCGCAGCUGAGCAUCACAAGAGAGGCAGAGGCGACGAAAACGCUUUGGACUGGGGAGGGCGACGGGCUUUGACUUUGGAUGCUUAGUCACAUUUUGCUUUGACCGGAGAGGAAGCGAGGGAUGGAGCAGGUGGAGGAGAGACACUGAGCAAAGGGGGUCAAGCGGGAGAAGAAUACGGGAAGAAAGAGAGAGGAAAAAAAGAAGAAAAAUAGGGGGUACUACCGACAUCCGGAGUAGAUGAUGCUCUUUUGCCGCAGGCCCCGCCAUCGUGAAAUUGGAUACCGACUUGCGGCGGAUGGGGUGACCGAGCUUACUGCUCCGCCGGGGAGGUCCCUGCCUUCGGACGCUACCGGGGUGGGAGCUGCCUGUGCCCGGUUCUAAGGAAGGAAGGAGUGGCAAGCGGGAAAAUGCAGACGGAGGAGGAGACGGCCGCCGCAGAAGAGCCCAUUUUGGAGGAAGGGUCAGGACGAGAGCAGCAAAGGCCAGUCCAGCAGUCUCUGGCCUCCUCCCUGUGUCGGGAGUCCCAUUGGAAGUGCCUUCUCCUGACCCUCCUCAUGUACGGCUGCUUUGCCACGCUGGCCUGGUGCGCUCUCUGUCGUGUACCCGUUCUCGGCUCCUCCAUAACUCUCGGUGCUGACGAAGACGCCACCUCUGCUGCCUACUACAAUGAGAUCGGGUACUUGGAGAGUCCGUGCUCUAGCGGCUACGUCUACAUCCCCCUGGCCUUCCUGGCACUGCUGUAUGUGGUUUACUUGGUGGAGUGUUGGCACUGCUUCUCAAAGACGGCAAUGUUGGCUCAUGCUGAAUUCCAGGAAGUGUAUGAGCGUGUUCAAAGACUCCAGCAGGCCACACCCUGCAUUUGGUGGAAGGCCAUCAGCUAUCACUAUGUGAGGAGGACCAGACAGGUGACAAGAUACCGCAACGGAGACGCGUAUACGACCACCCAGGUCUACCAUGAACGGGUGAACACUCACGCUUCCAGUUCAGAGUUCGACUACGCCCGCUAUGGUGUCAAAGACGUAUCAAAGGAACUGCUGGACCUGCAACUGCACCCCGCCGUUCGCCUCCGUUUCACCAAGUGUUUCAGCUUUUCCAGUGCACGUGCUGAAGCUGCCUACCUCACCCAGCGAGCGCGAUUCUUCGGGGAGAAUGAGGGGCUUGACGACUACAUGGAGGCCAGGGAAGGGAUGCACUUGAAGAACGUGGAUUUCCGUGAACACAUCCUGGCGUUCCCAGAUCCCGCGCACCAGCCGUGGUUUUCUAGGCACAGGGUGUUCUGGCUGGCUUCUGCUUUCCUCCUGUCAUGGCCGCUGCGUGUCGUGUCAGAAUAUCGCACAGCGUAUGUCCACUACCACGUGGAAAAGCUGUUUGGGGAGGACGAGGAUGGUGGCGGAGGAGGUGGCGGAGGAGGGCCAGGUGGAAGAGGGGAUGGGGUUGAAGGAGGGACUGAGAAUGGAAUCCACCCAGGAGGAAUUGCGGUUGGAAUUGGUCUAAAUGGGACGAGUUACAGAGCCAUCUCUCGGGUCAACACGGUGGACAUGACAGAAUUGGAGUGGCACAUCCGCUGUAACCAACAGAUGGUGCCAAGCUACUCUGAAGCUCUCCUUAUGGACAUGGACACAAGUGGGGGGUCAAACCCUACCGCCUCUACGCCCAUCUCUGGGCCCCCGUGCACCACCCCCAGCCAAGGGACCAACCCGCCUCCUCUUACUCUGCCUGUGGUGUUCAACUCGGCUUACCUCCUCCAGAGCUGCCCCCGAUGUCGGAGGACCACGUCAAGUUCAAGUCUGCCCUCCAGGCUACGGGCCCCAAUGGGAACCACAGCCCUCCUGAACGCUACCGUGGCAGGGAUCAGGGCAGCAGGGCAGGGAAGUGGGGGCAUAGGAGGAAGGUUGGUGCUCAGUCGGAGCGGAUUCUCUCUAGGGAGACUUGGCGGAGGGCGCCAGAACAGCCUGUUUCAUUCAAGAAGCAUGGGAGGAGGACUGGGAGGGAGUAGAGAAGAUGGAGGAGGGAGUUUAGCCCACGUGCCGUUUGGUUGUUUUGCGUGA